CCAGAGGACUGCAGCUGGACACAUCACACACACCUCAUCAUGCUCUCACGCACACUUCCCGGGUGUUUGUUUACAGACUGACAGCGAGGCGGCAUCAACGCUUUCACUCGCAGUGCACUCCACACAACUGCACCACUGAGGACACACACACACACACACACACACACACACACACACACACACACACACACACACACACACAGAGACACUAAUCAUACAGUGACAUGCUCUUAUUGAAACGGACAGCAACAUCAUCGCAGACUCCCCUCUUUUUUUCUCCUCCCUCUUUUGUGGGCUUAGUUCAGUGACAACAGGGGAGGGACACCUGUAACUGAGGAGCAGGAGUGGGUGCAUCUCAUCUGGGACCAGUUUUUCUGAGGAGUCCUCGGGUGGAAACAGGCUGUUAAAGCUGCAGCGGAAGCAGGCAACGCACUGGCAUAAAGUCUGGCCGUCAUCCUGGGAUCUACAGAAGCAAGCGGAGUGCCGGUGUCGGCCAUGAAGCUGGUGAACGGGGGAGGAGGAGGAGGAGGUGGCGGGGGAGGAGGUGCAGGAGUGGGAGGAGGAGGAGGAGGAGAGAAGACUGCCUUUUCCUUUAAGAAGUGCUCUGCUUUCCAGUUUGUCAAGAGGAAGGUACGAAGAUGGAUGAGGAACCCCAAGGUGAGCGUGGAGAAGGCCCAAGGGAAGGGCCUCCUUUACCCCUGUCCAAAGUGUCCACUGGCCGAUGACCUGUGGUACACACACUUCCCCUCGCCUUACGGCUGCUGUCACUAUGGCGGUCUGCAGGGUGGCCAGUACUACCACCAGGAACCGUGCUCACCAUGCCCUGCCAGUGGGCAAACCAGUGGCCAUGACAAAAGCAAAGGCUGCAAGGUCAGGAAGUGGAAGAUGCUGGCUCGCCAUCAUGGCGACGGUACAGGCAAGCAGAAGGAAGCAGAGUCAGAUGUUCACCUGGGGGGUUGUCAGUCCUGGGGGAUCCACGCCUCGCCUCUCCUGGCCAGCCCUGUCAUGCUGGAGUGCUCAAUCUGCAGUGGUCCCUACAUCAGCUACGCCCUAGAGGAUACCUGGCAGCCACGUCAACGCACACAGGCGAUGGACCUGUACUACCACAAUGAGUCAGACCCAGACAGCUACUGUUGCCCUGGCGACAACGCUUUUAUGAAACAAAGGAAGAUGGGGCUGAACGACUUCAUUCAGAGGCUUGCCACAAACUCCUACGCCUGCAAGCAUCCUGACGUUCAGUCUAUUCUGAACUUGAGUCCUCCUCAGGAUGCUGAGCUCAUGAAUACAAACCCGUCUCCUCCUCCCAGUCCAUCCCAACAGAUCAACCUUGGUCCGUCCUCCAACCCAUCGGCCAAACCCAGUGACUUCCACUUCCUCAAGGUGAUCGGCAAGGGCAGCUUCGGCAAGGUGCUGCUUGCACGCCAUCGUACAGAUGACCAGUUUUACGCAGUCAAAGUCUUACAGAAAAAGGCCAUCCUCAAGAAGAAGGAGGAGAAACACAUCAUGUCAGAGAGGAAUGUGCUGCUAAAGAAUGUCAAGCACCCGUUCUUGGUGGGCCUGCACUACUCUUUCCAAACAGCAGACAAGCUCUACUUCAUCUUGGACUACAUCAACGGAGGAGAGUUGUUCUACCAUCUACAGAGAGAGCGCUGCUUCCUUGAGCCAAGAGCCAGGUUCUACUCGGCAGAGAUCGCCAGUGCUCUGGGCUACCUCCACUCCCUCAACAUUGUCUACAGAGACCUGAAGCCAGAGAACAUCCUGCUGGACUCACAGGGACACAUCAUUCUUACAGAUUUCGGCCUGUGCAAGGAGAACAUCGAACCCAAAGGGACCACGUCGACCUUCUGCGGUACGCCAGAGUAUUUAGCUCCUGAGGUUCUACACAAGCAGCCAUAUGACAGAACGGUAGACUGGUGGUGUUUAGGAGCUGUUCUCUAUGAGAUGCUCUAUGGCCUGCCUCCGUUCUACAGCCGUAACACAGCGGAGAUGUAUGACAACAUCCUCAACAAGCCGCUGCAGCUGAAACCUAACAUUUCCAACGCAGCCAGACACCUGCUGGAGGGCCUGCUGCAGAAGGACAGAACCAAGAGGCUGGGCUGUGCAGAGGACUUUAUUGAAAUUAAGAACCACAUAUUUUUCUCCCCCAUCAACUGGGAUGACCUCAAUGCCAAGAAGAUCACCCCUCCAUUCAACCCCAACGUGACGGGACCCAAUGACCUGCGGCACUUUGAUCCAGAGUUCACAGAUGAGCCGGUGCCCAGCUCCAUUGGCUGUUCCCCAGACAGCGCGCUCGUCACGGCCAGCAUCAAAGAGGCUGCCGAGGCCUUUGUGGGCUUCUCUUACGCCCCAUCUAUGGACUCCUACCUAUAGGAUUUAAACACAGGCACUCAAUACGGACACCAACGCAGACUUACAGGAAAUGAGCCGUGGCAUGUCCAUGGACUUGCAUCUUGACCCCACCUUACGUUUCCAAUCAGGGUGAUGGAUUUUUCUGAAGCCUACCCCUGCAACAACUCUGCAUCUACAAAGAAUUUAUCCACAUGUACUUGCCAUAAUCUCUCCAACUCUUAAAUGCAUUUAAGAAGACUUGCUACAAGAGGAUGCCAUAAUUAAAUGACUCAUUGGGGUUGAAAUCCACCAUUUUACUCUGAUGUAACAACGCACAAAUUCUUCAACCUUCCACAACAGACACAAACGCUCUGCAGCCUUCAAUUUCCCAUCUCUUACCUGGUAGUGGAGGUCAUUUGCACAUAGCUCAGGCAGCUUAAAAGCCGACCUCGACCCUAAAGCCACAACUGAAAGCACACACACCAACUUCCAUCUUUUCUCAAAAGAGGAAGGCUGGAUCGUACUGUACCAGUCCUGAAAGGGAUUCCCAUCUUCUUCUAUGUAGCGAAACAUCUUCCCCUCUUCCUUUUGAGAUUCUGCCCAACCACCCACAGGGCCCUACCUGAGUUGAGUUUGACUGAGUAGCUUGGAGAUGACAUUCAUUUUGGUGCUUUAGUUUCUUCUCAUCUACUUUCCAUGUGUUUGAAAAAGGGAGUCAUUUUAAGCUGAAUGUUACAGAGAGGGAUGUUUUAUUUUUUCUCUCAAAUGUGCCUUUAUUUUUUUCUCUCCAUCAGAACUCACACAUCUUUUGGGUUUUGUCUGUGUCAACCUUAAUGUCUCCACUCCACACCUGACUGCAGGUGGGAGGAGCUGUUUUUUGAAGUCACCAGAGAAGAGCGAUGUAGCUCUGAAUUAAUACACCUGUCUUUAAUGUGUGAGACGUAGGAACUCAAACGAUGUUUCAUAUCUUCAUUUGCACAUAAAACGAUAAUGGUAAUGCUGAUCGAGAGAGAGAAAGAGAGAGCACUGCUGCUAGGUGAGAAAGAGAGUGAUGUGUUCAGAAGUGUUUGUGUAGUUCUGCUUGCCAACUGUGUCCCCUUCACGUAGUCUUCCAUUUGCCUCACAAUAAUGUAACGGUGGCCUUCAGCCGAGCUGACGACAUCGGAACUGAACAUUCCAUUUUAAUAUUGCUGUAAUGCAGUUUGACGGUAUUUAAGUUUGUUUGUAUAUUUGGAGUCAUGUGUACUAGUUUUAAUGUAUAUUGAACAAAAAAUGACUAAAGGUAUGCUUAAAUAUGUAUAUGUAACAAUUCAUGUUAAAUGUACUGUAAAUUGUAAAAUUGUUUAAGAUUUAUGUGACCAUGUUUGGUUUGCAAUAAAAGUUUAACUUUAUUACACCUUAUAA